GCGCCGGGAGCCCGAGCCCGAGCCCGAGCCGGAGCCGGAGGACAGCGAGGGGCGCGGGCGGCGGAGGAGGCGGCGGGGGAGGGCGGAGGAUGCGGCCGGUGCCGCGGGGCCGCCGCCGCCGCCGCCUCUGACCUGCGCCGAGCGCACGGAGCGCAGCCGCGUCGCUGCGGCCCCGGCCGCGCCAUGGGGAAGGAGCAGGAGCUGGUGCAGGCGGUGAAGGCGGAGGACGUGGGGACCGCGCAGAGGCUGCUGCAGAGGCCGAGGCCCGGGAAAGCCAAGCUCCUGGGCUCCACCAAGAAGAUCAAUGUCAAUUUCCAAGACCCAGAUGGCUUUUCUGCCCUGCACCACGCGGCCCUGAACGGCAACACGGAGUUGAUCACCCUGCUGCUGGAGGCCCAGGCUGCCGUGGACAUCAAGGACAACAAAGGCAUGCGGCCGCUGCACUAUGCGGCCUGGCAGGGCCGGAAGGAGCCCAUGAAGCUGGUGCUGAAGGCGGGCUCGGCAGUGAACAUCCCGUCGGAUGAAGGCCACAUCCCCCUGCACUUGGCGGCCCAGCAUGGGCACUACGACGUGUCUGAGAUGCUGCUCCAGCACCAGUCCAACCCGUGCAUGGUGGACAACUCGGGGAAGACGCCCCUGGACCUCGCCUGUGAGUUCGGCCGUGUCGGGGUGGUCCAGCUGCUCCUGAGCAGCAACAUGUGUGCGGCCUUGCUGGAGCCCCGGCCAGGGGACGCCACGGACCCCAAUGGCACCAGCCCCCUGCACCUGGCAGCCAAGAACGGCCACAUUGAUAUCAUCAGGCUCCUCCUCCAAGCCGGCAUCGACAUCAACCGCCAGACCAAGGCGGGCACGGCCCUGCACGAGGCUGCGCUCUGUGGAAAGACAGAAGUGGUUCGGCUGCUGCUGGAUAAUGGGAUCAAUGCCCACGUGAGGAACACCUACAGCCAGACGGCCCUGGACAUCGUGCACCAGUUCACCACCUCCCAGGCCAGCAAGGAGAUCAAGCAGCUGCUGCGAGAGGCCUCGGCGGCCCUGCAGGUCCGGGCGACCAAGGAUUACUGCAACAAUUACGACCUGACCAGCCUCAAUGUCAAAGCCGGGGACAUUAUCACAGUCCUUGAGCAGCAUCCAGACGGCCGGUGGAAGGGCUGUAUCCAUGACAACAGGACAGGCAACGACCGAGUGGGCUACUUCCCGUCCUCCCUGGGUGAGGCCAUUGUCAAGCGAGCAGGCUCCCGAGCAGGUGCUGAGCCAAGUCCACUCCAGGGAGGCAGCUCGUCGGGCCCCUCUGCACCCCCCGAGGAGAUCUGGGUGCUGAGGAAGCCUUUCACAGGCGGGGACCGUAGUGGCAGCUUGAGUGGUGUGGCUGGUGGCCGGAGCAGCGGGGGCCACACCCUGCACGCAGGCGCUGAAGGGGUCAAGCUCCUGGCCACAGUUCUCUCCCAGAAGCCCGUCUCUGACUCUGGCCCCGGGGACAGCGCUGUCAAGCCUCUGGAGAGCUCUGCAGGUGCCACCCGCUCCCAGCCUCCAGUGGCCCACGCUGGGCAGGUCUACGGGGAGCAGCCGCCCAAGAAGCUGGAGGCCGCCUCGGAGGGCAAGAGCGCCGAGGCUGUCGGCCAGUGGCUGGCCACGUUCCAGCUGCAGCUCUACGCCCCCAACUUCAUCAGUGCCGGCUACGACCUGCCCACCAUCAGCCGCAUGACCCCUGAGGACCUCACAGCCAUCGGGGUCACCAAGCCGGGCCACCGGAAGAAGAUCACUGCAGAGAUCAGCGGCCUGAGCAUCCCUGACUGGCUGCCUGAGCGCAAACCCGCGAACCUGGCCGUGUGGCUGUCCAUGAUCGGCCUGGCCCAGUACUACAAGGUGCUGGUGGACAACGGCUACGAGAAUAUAGACUUCAUCACCGACAUCACCUGGGAGGACCUGCAGGAGAUCGGCAUCACCAAGCUGGGACACCAGAAGAAGCUGAUGCUGGCGGUGAGGAAGCUGGCCGAGCUGCAGAAGGCAGAGUACGCCAAGUAUGAGGGCGGGCCCGUGCGCCAGAAGGCACCACAGUCCCUCGAAGUGAUGACCAUCGAGUCGCCACCCCCGCCCGAGCCUGCCCCGGCUGAAUGCCAGUCUCCGAAGAUGACCACCUUCCAGGACAGCGAGCUCAGCGGCGAGCUGCAGGCUGCCAUGACUGGCCCGGCCGAAGGGGCUGCCGCCACUGCUGCCGCCGCUGCCGCCGAGAAGCCCUCCAACCACCUGCCGCCCACCCCAAGGGCCUCCGUGCGGCAGGAGCCCAGCCUCGGUGGGCGGGCACGACACAUGAGCAGUUCUCAGGAGCUGUUGGGUGACGGGCCCCCUGGGCCUGGCAGUCCCAUGUCACGAAGCCAGGAGUAUCUGCUGGAUGAGGGGCCCACCCCUGGCACCCCCCCAAGGGAGGCCCGGCCCAGCCGCCACAGCCACAGUGUCAAGCGGGCCAGUGUGCCCCCGGUGCCUGGCAAGCCCCGGCAGGUCCUUCCACCAGCUGCCAGCCACUUCACACCCCCCCAGACGCCCACAAAAGCCCGGCCAGCCUCCCCUCAAGCCCUGGGGGGGCCUCACGGCCCAGCUCCAGCCACGGCCAAGGUGAAGCCCACCCCACAGUUGCUGCCACCAGCAGAGCGACCCAUGUCCCCUCGCUCGCUGCCUCAGUCACCCACACACCGUGGCUUUGCCUACGUGCUGCCCCAGCCAGUGGAGAGCGAGGCAGGGCCAGCUGUGCCAGGGCCUGCACCCACGGCCGUGCCCACACCAGUGCCUACGCUCUGCCUGCCCCCGGAGGCCGAAGUGGAGCCAGGGCGGCCCAAGAAGCGCGCCCACAGCCUGAACCGCUAUGCAGCGUCCGACAGCGAGCCAGAGCGGGAUGAGCUGCUGGUGCCAGCCGCCGCGGGGCCCUAUGCCACGGUCCAGCGGCGCGUGGGCCGAAGCCACUCAGUGCGAGCACCUGCCGGCGCCGACAAGAAUGUCAACCGCAGCCAGUCGUUUGCUGUUCGGCCUCGGAAGAAGGGCCCCCCCCCACCCCCACCCAAGCGCUCCAGCUCAGCCAUGGCCAGUGCCAACCUGGCCGACGAGUCGGCGCCAGAUGCCGAGGCCGAGGGGGCUGGGACAGAGGACGGCCGGCUAGGGGUUCGGGCACAGCGCCGCCGGGCUAGCGACCUGGCUGGCAGUGUGGACACAGGCAGCGCCGGCAGUGUGAAGAGCAUCGCAGCCAUGCUCGAGCUGUCGUCCAUUGGGGGUGGAGGCCGGGCAGCCCGCAGGCCCCCUGAGGGCCACCCCGUGCCACGCCCUGCCAGCCCAGAGCCAGGCCGGGUGGCCACGGUGUUGGCCUCGGUGAAGCAGAAGGAGGUCAUUGGGCCUGACGGGGAGGUGGUGAACCGGCGCCGCACGCUGAGUGGGCCUGUCACGGGACUUCUGGCCACAGCUCGCCGGGGUCCGGGAGAGUCUGGGGGGCCUGCAGAUCACGGCCGCUUUGUGGAAGACAGCGCUACCCGGCAGCGGCCUCGCGGUCCAGCCAAGGGCGAGGCAGGUGCAGAGGGCCCACCCCUGGCCAGGGUGGAGGCCAGCACCACACUCCAGAGGCGCAUCCGAGCCAAGCAGAGCCAGCAGGAGAACGUGAAGUUUCUCCUGACGGAGUCUGACACGGUCAAGCGCCGGCCCAAGGCCAAGGAGCGGGAGACAGGUCCAGAGCCUCCCCCGCCCCUGUCCGUGUACCAGACUGGAACAGGCACUGUGCACCGCCCCCCGGCCUCUGAGCAGGCUGGGCCCCCAGAGCUGCCCCCGCCACCCCCGCCCGCUGAGCCCCCGCCCUCCGACCUGAUGCAGCUGCCCCCGCUGCCCCCGCUGGACAGUGAUGCCCGGAAGCCGGCCAAGCCGCCUGUCUCUCCGAAGCCCGUUCUGGCUCAGCCCGUGCCCAAGAUCCAGGGCUCACCCACACCUGCCUCCAAGAAGGUGCCGCUGCCAGGUCCCAGCAGCCCAGAGGUGAAGCGCGCCCACGGCACGCCGCCGCCCGUGUCUCCCAAGCCGCCGCCGCCGCCCACGGCACCCAAGCCCGCCAAGGCCGCCGCGGGGCUGCAGUCGGGCAGCGCCAGCCCGUCGCCCGCGCCCUCGCCGGCGCGCCAGCCACCCCCCGCGCUCGCCAAGCCGGCCAGCACGCCGCCGCCGCCGCUGAGCGCCAGCCCUGCGAGGCCCCCGUCCCCCGGUGCGCCCGCGCUGCACGUGCCCGCCAAGCCUCCGCGCGCCGCUGCAGCCGCCGCCGGGCCCCCUGCCGUGCCCGACAGCGCCUCGCCGGGGGAUAGCGCCCGGCAGAAGCUGGAGGAGACGAGCGCGUGCUUGGCGGCGGCGCUGCAAGCGGUAGAAGAGAAGAUUCGGCAGGAGGAUGCUCAAGGCUCGCGCCCCUCGGCGGCCGAGGAGAAGAGCACUGGCAGCAUCCUGGACGACAUUGGCAGCAUGUUUGACGACCUGGCUGACCAGCUGGACGCCAUGCUGGAGUGACGCGGCCGCCCAUGUCGGGGGUCCGCCCGCGCCGUCUGGGCUCCGGCCCGCACACUGACCUUUACCUCAGGAUGGGCACCGCUGGGCAUGGCGCGAGCAGGCUGGGUGGCGGGCGGGGUGCAGGGGACAGCCCGCCAGGUGGCCGCGGGCACGAGGCAGGAGCGGGCGGUGCUGCCCGGCACCUGCACAAGCACAACUCCUGCCCCCGGGCCCAGCCUGGAGGACUGCCUGGCUGGGGACCCAAGGGCUCUGGGCAGAUGCUGCUGCCCCGUGGGUGCCCAUCCCUAUCUGCUGCUCCCUGUGCAAUAACUGCUGGGCCACCUGCCCACCCACCACCAGGCUCUGCCCCCUGUGGGUGGAGGAGGGGCCACCCCCAAAACCCCUGCCCAAGAGGCCAGGUUGGGCCCACCCUGGGAGGAGGCAGUGGGAGGGGGGGCAGCUGCUGUAUUCCCCUUCCCAAUCUGAGGCAGAGCACAGGCCUAUGCCCAGCACAGAACUGCCCAUUGGGGACCUCUGCCAGCCGCUCUGGCGCAGCACAAGGGGCUGAGGUCGGGCCCCCUGCCCCACUGCACCCCCCUCCUCAGAAUAUAAGCUAUCGAAGAGUAUUAAUUUAUUGGGAAUGAGCUAAGGCAGAUUUCCCCAGAGAAACAAGAAGGUAUAACUUUAACAAAUAUAUAUUUAAAGAAAAAAAAUAUUGAUUCUAUAGAAAACCAUUUACCACCCGCAAGGACGCUGGAGUCCAGCUCAAGACAAAAGCUGUUAGAGGCCCUGGCCAUCCGUCUGUCCUUCCCCUCUCUCUGUCCAGGUGUGGCCAGAUCUCUGGCCCAGUAGCACAAACAGGAGGCUGGGGUCCAGGGAGGGGUCCGUGCUCCGCCAGCACCUCCCCUCUGCUCUCUCCUGCCUUCUCUGGAGGACUGGAAGGAUGUGCCUUGCUCGCUGCUGGGCGGUGUCCUCCACCCCUCGGGGGCUGUUGGUGUGAGGCCGCACCUGGGCUUCAGGGGCGCCCAGUGCACAGCGUGGUGAACGUGGGCACGUCAGCCGGGUGACAGCAGGGGGUGCAGGGCAUGCAUGCCAGGCUGUGUGUGGUGCGUGCGAGGUUGUGCCCGACCUUCCCUCCCUGGGGCCCCCCCCGCUGACCCAGCGCCGCCAGCCCACCCCUGCAGACGCUCUGCUCGUGGUCCGAGGCCGUGUCGUGUGGUCGUUCUCGCCUUCUCUCUCCCCCAACCCCCUGCUCCAAAAAGUACUGAUUGGCCUCCUCUAUUGUGUUUGCUGAUGACCCACGUGUGUUGGGCACAACUCUGACAUUUCUUAAAAAAAAAAAAAAAAAAAUUAAAAAACGCCGAAAACCAGCGAUUGUGAUCCUGGCGGGUGAGAGGGGUCUGCCGAGGUGGUGUCCGGGCAUGGGGGGGCCCCUUCCAGCGGUCACUUGCGGACCCUUCCCUGCUGGAUGCGCCUGGCCAUCUCCCUGGCCUCCUCAGCGCGUGGCCCAGGGGCAGGCAGGUGGGGUGGGGGGUUCGGGCAGGGACCUACUGUCAGCUGUCAAUAAACAGCAGAAAACGGA